AUGGCGGCCAACCUGAGCGCGGCUGCGGCAGCCCCGGAGGCGGACGUGAGGGGCCACAACCUGCCGGCCCUGGUGUUCGGGGUGCUGCUGAUCGUGGUGAUCAUCAGCGGGAACCUGCUGGUCUGUCUGAGCGUGUUCACCGAGAGGGCGCUGAAGACCACCACCAACUACUUCAUCGUCAGCCUGGCGGUGGCGGACCUGAUGCUGGCGGUGCUCGUCCUGCCUCUCUUUGUCUACUCCGAGGUGAGAUCAGAACCGUGGGAACAGCAUGCAUUAGAUCUUUACAGGUAGGAUUCUGUUUAACUACAGGGACCUCCACCUGUUGAGGGACUUAAAGACCUGCUUUAUUCUAGUCCAGGUGCAGGUCUGCAGAGUCUUACAAAUCAGUCCUUUUUAAUCGAUUUCAGGAACUGUUUUCUACCCGGACUCUUCCUCAGAGAGUUCCCACAGAAACCUCCAAAACACACCCAACUGGAUCUUAAUUCAUUAAGGAGUUAAGCAGAGAUCCUUUAAUGUGUCUGCUGAUUUGACAGGCCAACACCUAAGCUCCUUUAAGAUCCUCCAGGGUGCCUGACACAGGGACCGAGCCAGACUUCUGCAGGGCUGGCCAAAGUGGGGCACUGACUUUAGCAGAGGCGGUGUUCAGUAUGUUCAUGCACACAGACAAGCAGAUAUAGUUUGACAGGUAAUGUGACCAGAUCUAGAUCUACUCUGGUCCUGAUUUAAAGUGAAAGGAGACGGUCUACCCUGGUGAUUUUUGAAGCAGUUUCUAAACCCUCACCAGCGGAUUUUGCAAAACCCUCAUCCCUGGUUUGGACAUGCCUGAAAAUAUUCUGAAUGUUGUCCUGACAUAACAGAGAUUGACGUCUCCUUCAGUGUUUGUGACUGACAGUAACUAGACCGUUUCCUGAUCAGAGCACAUGCCCUCUUUUUAGCUCCUAACCGCUCAGCUGAUUCCUCGUUGACCUAUCAUGUACCAAAACAAUCGACAAACACAUUAGCCAAAGGUUAACAGGAUCGAUGUCCGCGCUGAAAACACCGGUACGUACUAGAUCUAACAGCCUAUCAUAGUUGAAGAUGUUAGGGACGGCUUCUGGGGUGGCCAGAUCUCAAAGGGGGCCGUAGCCACCCUUUGAAUUCACCCCUGGCAUGACUUUGGGAAAGAUGAGUACGAUCCUUAGAAUCACUUUUAUUUCUUGGUGUCAUGAUCUGUGAAUUAAGUAGAAGUUAAUGGGAUGAGAUUUCUCCUAAUUAACAAUCAGCUCCUAUCCAUUGACCGUUAAAUCCAAUAAUAAACUAUAGAGCUUAUUUUGUUUUUUCAAAGUCGGAUGUGUGAGGGUUGUGAGUGUCCAAGAGUCCUCACAAAAUAUCAGAUUUAUGUGUUUAAUUCAGGUAUUUAGGUUUUAACUGUGAAGCCUUUUCUCAUUAAUGCAAAUUUUACACCUAAUUAUCAAGAUAAUCCGUACAGAUUCACCAUUAAAACCACUGAAUAGAUCACAUUUAACGCCUUUGACCUGCAAUCAGCCUCUUUGAAUCCCACCUGAAAUACAUCAUGAUAGUGUAGAUGGAGGAGAUUUGACAGUGCGAGUGCAGUUUUUGGUAUUUAUCAGCAGAAGCUUGAUAGAAAUGAGGUAAAGGAUCCAGUUUAAAUUCAUGUAGAAACACCUUCACAUGAAACCUGAUUCCUUCCUAAAUACAUAAACAAAACUUUUCAAUUCAAUUCAACACUUUAUGUUAGGCACGGACACGAGGGCGAUCCGUAGAACAAUAAAUAAAAAAUUGUAAAAACACACACACACACACACACACACACACACACACACACACACACACACACACACACACACACACACACAUACACAUACACAGAAAAGACAGGUAAUAUCUAUCUUUUAUCUUUUAUAUCUAAAUAGGAGUGAGUCUCACCAACCUGCACCAUCAUGUUUAGAUGAAGGAUGGGGACCUUGGCUUCUGAUUGGACCUUUGUAGGUCAUCUUGUUGCAGAUACAGCCUCUGAUUGGUGGACACACCAGAACAAAGAUGGUGGCUUUCAACUUGUGUAGUCAGCGAACAACCGAAAUAACAACAUUUUGCUAAAAUGUGCUCGUAAAUCAUCGCAGAUAACUUUUGUUUUUGAUGGAUAAGAUCUCGUAGGUCUAUAAAGUUGAUAUAAUGAAACUAACGUGUCACAUGAUUCGGACCGCUCCUGUCAUUGGCUCCUUGUGUUCGCACUGAUGGCCUCCUCCCAUGUACAGUGAUAUUGGUUUUUUUUAAGAUACAUGGUCCUGAAAAGCCGCCAUUACUUCAUUGACAGGAGGGGUGAGCAAGGGAACGUUUUAAUCUGACCGCCACAUAUCACUGAAUAAUCCACGUCCUGAACAGUGUCUGCUCUGUACAUUCCUCCAGAGGUCAGCUCUAGUGUGGGGGGUCAAAGGUCAGACAAGGGGCCCCACAACAACAAUGGAUCUUAGGAAAAAAACAACAACUGCGAACAAUAAGACCGGGUCCAUAUUUAUCAGUUUGUCAUCAAUCUUUUGUCUCCUGCUCUUUGUGUUUUUCCAGUCUACGCUGUUUCCCUGAUCACAACUGUUUUUGUUUCAAGCGUCUGCAGAUCUUUAAAAAAGUGAAACUUGACUCAUUAAAUCAGUGAGGUCGAUCUGACUCAAACAAAGAAAACACCAAAUAAGAGAGAAACAAUCAAACGCAGACGCCUCUAUUUACGUCAAAGAUACUGCUGCUGCUGUUUGGGUUAAUCUGUUUGAGGCUGCGGAUCAAUAAUAUAAUUACUUCAUUCAUUUCAAAACUACAAACAUUGACACACAUGAAGACAUAAAAUAGACACAAUAAAAACAGAGGUUAGACAUCGUAAAGACAGGAAUUAAAGUUGUAAAAUAGGAUCUAGUAAAAUAAUUAAAACAUAGAGGUAGAGCAGUUCAGGUCGCAAUAUUUUUUUUUGUUGGAUGGUUGGGGAAAGUUCUGCUUCCUCCACCUCUGAUUGGCUGGAAAAGUUGGAAACAUCAUCACACGCUCAAGCCAAACGAGAGCUGUCAGCUCCGUACAUCGAACAGAACAUCAGAGAACGUUAUCGCACUUCUGAAUCUCCUAAACCUAACCCUCAUCGUAACCCUAACCUGACAGACAAUGACGUUUCACAGUCAUAAGGAAUAACCAAUCGGAGCCCAGCACUUAUAGUCGAUCAGAAGCAUAGGAGGGCGGGACCUUACAAGUGCAACUCAAGUGUCCAAACCAAGCUUGAGGAUGAAAUGUUAAAACACUCUCAACAAGUCCAGAAUUCACAAGCUCUAAAUCCACAGACUUACACCAAGACAGCUUCAUCGUGAACCAAAAUAUGACCCUGGCCGUGUGAAUCAACUCUUCGAUGUGUGACAAUUGUGUAGUUUGUGUGUGUUGUGAAUUUGAACAAACUGAGUGUGUCUUUGUGUUUCAGUUUGAGGACGGGGUCUGGACCCUCAGCACCACCAUCUGUGACAGUCUGAUGACCAUGGAUGUGAUGCUAUGCACCGCCUCCAUCUUUAACCUCUGCGCCAUCAGCGUCGACAGGUGAGCGCUCACCUGCAAAGAUUUGUUCAGUGUCCGGAUUUUCGUUUGUUUUGGGUUUAAUUUUAGUGUUUGUGUCUGUACUCGCCUGAACCAAAGUUUACCUCGUUGUUGAAAAUGCACCUGGCAGGGACGCAGUGUGUUUGUGCUUCAUGUAUAAGAGAGUCUGAGCCUGAUUCUCCAGGUUUUUGUUUGACUUUAAAUGUCUUGACAAUGAUUGGAGAAUACGACAGCAAACUGACAGCAGUGAUACUGUUACAAUACGGUAAGUUAUGAUACAAUAGGUUAUGAUAAAAUAAGUUACGAUACGAUAAGUUGCGAUAAAAUAAGUUGCGAUAAAAUAAGUUACAAUACAGUAAGUUACGAUAAAAUAAGUCAAUACAGUAAGUUACGAUAAAAGAAGUUACGAUAGAAUAAGUUACUAUAAAUAAAGUUACAAUACAAUAAGUUACGAUAAAAUAAGUUACAAUACAAUAAGCUAAGAUAAAAUAAGUUACGAUACGAUAAGUUAUGAUAAAAUAAGUUACAAUACAAUAAGUUAUGAUAAAAUAAGUUACGAUACGAUAAGUUACAAUACAGUAAGUUACGAUAAAAUAAGUCACGAUAGAAUAAGUUACUAUAAAUAAAGUUACAAUACAAAAAGUUGCGAUAAAAUAAGUUAUGAUACAGUAAGUUACAAUAAGUUACGAUAUGAUAACUUGCUUACGAUACAAUAAGUUAUGGUACUAUAUAAUACAAUAAGUUAUGAUACAAUUUGUCACAAAAUAAUUUGUUACAAUAUGCUACAAUAUAUUGUAAUUCAAGAUGUUAAAAUAUGAUAAGUUACAAUACAAUAAAUUACGAUAAGUUACGGUACCAUACGAUACAAUAAGUUGCGAUACAAUAGGUUAUGUUAAGUUAUGGUACCAUACGAUACGAUUAGUUAUGAUAUGAUAACUUAGGAUACAAUACGAUAUGAUGCAAUAAGUUACUAUUCUUACUGUUGAUAUAUGCUAUGAUACACUAUAUACUUUGAAACAAUAGGAUAUGAUCCAGUAAGAAAUAUUAGAAUAUGAUAGAUACUAAUCGGUUUGAUACGAUACAAUACAGUAGGACUGUUACAGAAUAAGAUACUGUCACAGCGCAGGGUUGAAAAAGCGGAAAAUCACCCAAAAAUGCAGAAAAAAAGGAUAUAUUAAAAAGAACUAAAUGAAAAACAACAAAAAGAGAAAAUUUCAAAAAGCAAAAUCCACAAAAAAGUCACUGGGGAAAAAACCACAAGGAGACAUGGGAUUCACACAGAGAGGAUCACGGUGAACCAGCAGACAUACAUACAUACAUAUACAUAUACACACACACACACACACACACACACACACACACACACACACACACACACACACACACACACACACACACACACACACACACAUACACACACAGUGAGCCAACCAAGAAACAGAGGAAGACAGGGACUAAAUACACACACUGGGAAACGAGCAACAGGUGAGGCAGGCGAGACACAGGUGAAACUCAUGAGUGAUUAACGAAGGAGAUGCAUCUCUCUGAAAGUGAUACCAGAGGAAACCCCGCAGAUUUGAUUUAAAGUAGGGGGUCAGAGGUCAGCUAUAGCGCAGACACUCAGGGUCCUAAUCAGAGCUUUAAUGGGCCUGGGUUCAGGGUCACCCAGAAAUAACCAGCUGAUUAAUCAAACAGGAGCCCUGAAGACCCCUCACACAGAAUUUGUCUAUUCAUAGUCAGACGGUAAACGAACAGAUCACUGUAUGAAAAAAACACCAGAUUCACUUUGUCUGUUUCCUGUAAAAGCUCCAAAAUAAGAGAAAUGAGGAGGAAUUUAGAGUCUCCAACGAGGAAUGAGUCUGUGGUGAUGAACCGACGUCUUUACUCUGAGCUUUUAACUUUGACUCAAUGAGAUUAUCUGAAUUUGAGGGAUGAAAAUCUGAGCUGAAAAACCGGAGCCGCUCCGAAAAUCUGAUGUCUGACUGGAGGAAAAUAUGAUUACAUCAAAGACGGAUGGAGGCAGUGAGGCUAACGUGGACUGAUGAUGAUGAUCUGAAGCUCUUUGAGGCAGGCGGCGGCAGUAAGAGGUUUAACCGAGCGACAGAGUCUGAAUAAUUCAUGAGGGGAGGGCUGGACACGGAUCCUGGGGGUCCACAGAGAGUCCACCUGCUGCUGAAGGGGGAAAUCUUCUGGUGUCUGUGCAGGUUUGAUGCUUUUGACAACAAACUGAACGAUGACUGGCUGUCACUGAUAGAUGGAUUACUGAACAGAAACAGGAACACCCUGAAUAAAGGGACAGUUGGUCAUUUUUUUGUACCUGAAAGUCAAAGAAGUCGUUCUUCAAUCACUACGACCAGAAGCUGCAUUCUCAAACAUUAAAGGGAUAUUCCGGCGUAAAACUAAGUUAGUGUCAAACACACCGUAGCAUCCAGUUAGACACCCCAUCCAGAGAUGAAUAUCUAGUUAUACCAACUUUAGUAACGACUGCAGGAUAGCAAUACAAAGGGCCAUACGCCCUCAACCAAAACGCCACUCUAUAGCCACAAAUAAUGCUCAGAACAGCACCUAACUUCCUGAUUUCUGUAGCAAAGAGACUAAAUACAACUCACCUACUCUCUUCCAGCAGACGCUUGUUUGUAGCGAGACCUCAGGCCAGUCCAUUACGGACUACAGUGGGGGGACGCAGCUCAAGGAAGAACAUUUAUGAUCAUUUCUUUAUCAUUUCCUUGAAGUAAUAAUCACCAUAUUAAUCAUUUUACAGACACUGUAGUUCUUCUGUCUUAGCGUCUCGGUCUGAUUGCAUUUCCAUGAAGAAAGCACACUGCAGUCAAUGGCCUCGCCCGGAGGUCUCUGUACAAACAAGCGGCUGCUGGAAGAGAGUAGGUGAGUUGUGUUUAGUCUCUUUGUUAAAGAAAUUAAUCAAAGUUAAAAAGAUGUUUGGUGUCUAGUACUAUGGCUGUGACCCUAUAUGUCCUGUUGAUGAAGUUAGGUGCUGUUCUGAGCAUUAUUUGUGGUGUUUUGGUUGAGGGCGUGGCUCUCUGUAUUGCUAUCCUGCGGUCAUUACUAAAGUUGGUAUAACUAGAGAAGCAAGCGGUCAGCAGCAUUUAUCUCUCAACGGGGUGUCUAACUCGGUGUUACGGUGUGUAACAGGAAUAUCUCUUUAAGGACGACUUACUUAAACAAAGGGUUAAAUGGGUAACUUUCCCAGCAUGCAGUGUACGCUGCUGUCAAUCACAGGUGAAACUAAUAACUGCUGCAUUAGUGUAACGACUGUAGGGACACAUUUUAAAUGAUAUGAGUGUCUCCUGUGAUUCUCCUCAUCUGUAAAAGGUCAAAGUGUCUGCAGGAGGAAACAGAAAGUCUGUGAGUGAGACCGUCAACAAAGACUGUAAUUGUUAAAGUGAUGCAGGUGCUGCUUUUGUUCCUAUACUUUGAGUUUUAGUUGUAGAUUUGUUUGUUUUUCUGUCGUUCAAGUUUUCCUUCCAUGUUGUUCUGACUUCAUGAAGCACUUCAGGCUUUUUGCCAACUUGAUCAAAUCAGCCACGAGCUCCUAAAGCUGCACUGAGUCAUUAACAGGCUUUCUUUUGUGCCCUGAAUUUCCCCUCUCAGGCUGCUCCACUUUUGCACGGAUUAGGUAACACCUGUAGACAUUUUUUGGUUCUGAAUCCAAAUUAAAAAUCAAAGUUUUGAGGCAAAACUUUCCGAAAAAGACCCCGGAGGUGACUCUGAUGUUAUUCUAGGGUGACCAUAUUCUGACUACCCAAAAAACGAAGUUAAUUUUGAGAGUUUUUUAGGUCAGAUCGAGUGUCUUUUACGUGAUUCAAACUCAGCAAGUCCACGUGACACAAACUCGAAACUUCCGUCCAAAACCGUGGACAUUUAAAGGAUUUUACAAACCUCCCCAGACAAGGUCGGACAGCCCCUAAAAAAGAGGACAUGUCCCGGUAAAAGAGGACGUAUGGUCACCCUGAUGUUAUUCAGACAUUCAAAUGUCUCUUGUUGUUGCAGGUUCAUCGCCGUGUUGAUCCCUCUGAACUACAACAGGAAGCAUGUGGACCUGCGGCAGGCAGUGCUGCUGUCGGCCACGUGGAUCCUCGCUCUUGCCGUGGCCUCGCCAGUCAUCUUCGGCAUCAACAACGUGCCGGGCCGUGACCCGACCGAGUGCAAACUCGAGAAUGACGAUUAUGUUUUGUACUCGUCCGUGUGCUCCUUCUUCAUCCCCUGUCCCAUCAUGCUGCUGCUGUACUGCGGCAUUUUUCGUGGUCUUCGGCGCUGGGAGGAGGCGAGGAAAGCCAAGCUGAAGAACAGUAUCCAGGCGUGCCGGAAGCUGCAGGAGGCCGCCGCCUCGCUGCCCCCGCUGGCCUCACUGCCACCGCCACUGCCCCCCAUCAUAGAGCGAGAACCUUCAGACUCUCCAGAGGAUCAGUUCCUGUCUCAAGAACAGCCGUACACCUCAGCGGACUACAUAGAGAACCAAGUGAGGACGGUCAGUUUAGGAGAGAUCAAGUAUAACCCCGAACCCCGCAAGAGGAAGACCGCCAAGAUCAACAGCCGGGAGAGGAAGGCCAUGAAGGUGCUUCCUGUUGUCGUGGGUGAGUUCUCUUUUUUAAGGUUAUUCAUAUGACACCCAGAUACAGUAGAGACAGGGCGGCUGAUGGGCAACAAAAGGCUUCAGGGGAACCAACAAACCAAGUAAUCAGCCAAAAUAGACGAGGAUCAUCAGUGUAUCUGAGAUGAUGUGACGUAGAGGUCUCUGAACAUCCUGGAAACCCUCUAACCCUUAACUCUGUUACCGAGGAUACACUGUAGAGAACGUUGAUGUUACACUAACUUAACUAGGUCGACAUGAACAGAUAUUUAACCAUGUUUCUUGAGGCUGAAGGAGGGUUGGAUCCACAGCUUUGUGAUGGUCUCUUCUCACUUAUUGUUGUUGUGGACUUUGAGGAAAGAUGGAAAAAAUGGGGGACAUUUAGGAGUAAUCUGAGGGUGCAUCACUAGUGUACUUGUUGAUUUAUGUUUGUGAUACUACUUAUAUGAUAAUGAGGAAAAUUUUACCUUUGGGGACCGUAAGGUGUUUCGUAUCGUAUCGUAUCGUAUCAUAUCAUAUUGUAUCGUGUCGUAUCGUAUCAUUCCAAACCGUAUCAUAUCAGUUUUCAUAUUGUAUCGGACCAAAUUAUUACUUGUACUUGUCACAUAUCAAAUCCUGACAUAACAAAUUAUAUCAAAUAGUGUCUUAUCCAACUAAACUUCAGUGUAGCCUAUCAUGUCAGAUGUUGUAAUGUACCAUAUCGUGUUAUAUCGUAUUGUAACAAUUUAAGUCAUUUCAAAACAUAUUGUAUCCAUUUGUAUCCUAUUUUAUCAUAUUAUAUAAUAACAUAUUGUUUCAUAUCAUAUCAGCUCAUCAUAUCAUUGCAUAUUUUUAUCAAUUUAUUUAUCUCAUAAUGUAUCAUAUCCUAUCAUAUCAACUCUCGUCAUAUUGAAGGGAAUUUUAUCAACUGGUUACGAAUUGUAGCGUACCUUCCUGCAUUGUAUCUUGUCCUAUACCAUCAAAUUGUAUCAUAUAUUUUCAUAUAUUAUCAUAUUUCAUAUAAUGUAUCAUAUCAUAUCAAAGCGUUUUUUCUAAAUUUGUGUGGAAUUCUAUCAUGUAGUAUCACAUCAUAUCAUACUGUAUUGUAGUUUAACAUGACCUGAUGAAUUUAAUCAGAUCAUACCAUACAGUAUACUAACUCAAUUUGAAUUGUGUAGAACCGUAUCAUGUCAUAUCAUAUCAUGUCAUAUAUCAUAUCAUAUCAUAUCAUACGAUAUCAUACCGUAUCGUAUCAUAUAUCGUACGGUAUCAGACUGUGUCAUAUCAAACUGUAUUGUCUGAUGUCAUAUAAUUUACAAAAAGGUGUGAAAGUUGAAAUCAACCAGCAAAAACUAAAAUAUGUCAGACCUGCUUUUCUUAUUGUAAAUCCAUAUUUGUACAAAGACCGCCUACUUUUAUAUUUCCUGUAGAUGUUGCUUUGGAUUUUCUAAAAAUUCAUAAAUAGGAAAGUCCUGACGCUUAAGCCUGAUAAUUGGGUAAGCUCAGGGUUUGGAGUGUGUGGAAACUCUAUUACAUAAAUACUUGGAGUUUAUAUAAACACUUUAAGUUGUAAAAGGAAGUCUGAUGAAUGCCACAAACAGACAAUCACUGGCUGAAAAGAAGCUGUGAAUUGUAUUUUUUGUGUCAUUGUAGAGUAUGAGGAGUCCUUCAUCUGCAGUAUGGGAAAGUGAAGCACACUAUUGUUCCAAACAUCAUUGUGAGAUGUUGUUUUGUUGUUUGGGUUUGAGCCUUGGACGGAUAAAAUGUCUUGCCAAGAGAACCCUGAAAUCUGUGAGCCUUUGUAAAGCUCCCAGUGUGGUUGGUGCUCACUGAAAAGACUGAGUCGGGGAGAAAAACACGACAACUAAAACAUGACCUCCUUCAAAACAAGAAUGUCAACUUUCUUUUCUUGACUUUGUUUUUGUUAUGCAACAGAAAUACCUUGACUUUAUUCUUAACAUUUUGAUUCAUAUCUUGAAAAGAAGUAGAAAGAAUCAAAGUUCGGAGUUUAUUUCACAAAUAUCUAAAUGAAUGAAAACUAAAAAGUUUCCCACAUGCCGUCAGGAUGACUGACCUCCAUCUCUGAUAUCUGUUCAGUCACUCUCACAUCAGUAAGAAAAGGUCGGCCUAUUAAUAGCAGCCAGUGUUGGUCCUAAUGCGCAGAAGUGCUUCCCUUUAGCACACAGCAGCUAAUCCUGCUGCUACUUAAUCUGAAAUCCAAUUAUUACGUAAAGCUCGGUCAGACAGAGUUUUCAGUGUGCGCUCCUCGUUCAUUAAUCUGCAUCUGCUCACCUGAUGGUGUAAGAGGCGGCUGCAGAGUUUGAGGAGAUUUACUCGUCUCAAAAGUUUCUGAAGAUGUUUUAGAUGACGAGGUCAACGGCAGGAACAAACUGCAGACGCAAAAAGACAAAAGAGCUGCUUCAACUGUGAACAAACUGAAAAUGAUGCAGUUAAAGUUAUAGAAAUCUUGCAUGUGUUGAUCUUGUAAGAGGCAAAGCUGAGGCGGGUCUUUCUCCUCCUCGUUAACAGCCUUUAGUCCACCAGCCCAUCAGUCGACCCUGAUCGUAUUAUUUACUGACCACUCUCUAAAGGACAGAAGGCGUCAAUGAGCUUCUUUAAUUCUCUGCCCUCUGCAGCCUGUUGUGUUCGCUCCCGUGACAGUUUCACAGUUUCAUACCAUGUGAUUUGGGGUUUCCCCGUUUCAGUCCGUCUUUAGUCAUGUGAUCCUGUCCUGGUCUGUUCACAUCACAUGAUGCUGACGUCCCAAACGUUGGUGUGUGACUUCCUUGUCGAUGCUCUGGCUGCAGGUUUUCUUGCUGAGUUGAUGAUCUUACAGAUGAACAUGGCUGUUAAUUGGGUCAUUGGGAUGUUCAGAGACAGCCUCUAGUGGACACUUGAAGAACUGCAGUUCUCGCUGCUUCAGCUUCAGUUUUCUUCAUUGCAGUUUGAUUUCUCUCAGUGACGACAGUUUAGCUUCAAACUCUGCAAACACGUCUGGUGGUUUAUAAAACUAAAGACUUCCCCUUUAAUGCUCACUGAGAAAUAUAAGCUUAAAAAGCACAUGUGUAAUGAAAUAAAACUGUGUGUCUGUCUAGGGCUGGGCGAUAAACCGAAAAUUUACAGAUACCGAAAUUUACGAUAAUAACCAACGUCAUUUUGCCCAUAUCGGUAUACUCAGUGUCAAAAAAAUAAAUCAAAAAGUAGGUUUUGGAUGUGUGUAGGUAGGCUAUGGUCUCAUGUCCCUUUAAGACGCUGUCCUACGUCAGAGACGUGACUCCACCCCAUCCAGUCUGUAACAAAGAGGGAAAGACAGGUGAGGAGAUGGAGGACGGUUCAAAAGUUGUAGCAGCUGAAGUAGACGAAGUUAAUGUGGGAGGGGGUGAGCAGCUUGUGAAGUAGCUAUGGUCCAUUUAUCAUUAUCGAGGUGAACUGAUCAAUAUAUUGUGAUAUUGAUUUGAGGCCAUCUCGCCCAGCCCUAUAUUUGUUUGUGUGAGCUGCAGCGGCCUUGUGCAUCUUUCUCUCACUCAGCUGAAAUGUGAAAUUAUUUGACUCAGCGAUUUAUGAAAACAAAGAAAUUCUGACCAGAUCUCUGGUUCUUCUCUUUCUGCAGGUGCCUUCCUGUUCUGCUGGACUCCGUUCUUCGUCCUCCACACGCUCCGAGCUCGCUGUCAGGACUGCAACAUCCCGCCAGCCCUGAUGAGCGUGGUGACGUGGCUCGGCUACGUCAACAGCGCCAUCAACCCCGUCAUCUACACCGUCUUCAACACCGAGUUUAGAAACUUUUUCAAGAAGUUCCUCCACGGCUGCUGCUCUAAAAACGCAGGCUGA